CGCCGCCGUCGGGUUUGGCUGGGCAGAGAGGGCGCUUGAGGAGAACCGAGCGGGGGGACUUGGAGGAGUUGAAGCGCUUCCACUUCCUCCUCUCCUCACCUUGCUUCGCGUCCCCGUUUCCUUUCCCCGCUCGCUGUCGGUCUCCAUCUCCCGUCAAGCUCCCGCCCCGGCGGAAAGGCCCUUAUGGCUCCUCAGAAGCACGGCGGUGGAGGCGCGGGGCCCAGCUCGGGUGCUCCGAGCGGAGGGGGAGGCGCCGUCGCGGCCACCGCCACGGGCGGAGGCGCUGGCGGGGGCUUCGGGGGCUCGACCUCCGCCGCCGCGCCAGGCGGCAAAUCCGGGGGCGCUAUUGGAGGCGCCGGCGGCAGCGGUUAUUCCGGCGGGGGCGCCGGCGGCGGGGGUUCCUCGGCGUCUUCGGCGGCGGCCGCCUCGGCUGCGGCCCUGCCCCCGGUGAAGAAGCCGAAGAUGGAGCAGAUCCAGGCCGACCACGAGCUCUUCCUUCAGGCCUUCGAGAAACCAACACAAAUAUAUAGAUUUCUACGUACCCGCAAUCUUAUAGCUCCAAUAUUCCUGCACAGAACUCUCACUUACAUGUCCCACAGAAACUCCCGAACAAAUCUCAAAAGGAAAACUUUCAGAGUAGACGGGAUGCUGACGAAAGUAGAGAAAACAAAGGGAGAACACGACUUGCAAAGUUUGUCUGCUCAUCUGCAACUCACCUUUACUGGUUUCUUCCAUAAGAAUGAUAAGCCAUUGCAAAACUCUGAAAAUGAACAAAGUUCUGUAACUCUGGAAGUAUUACUUGUAAAAGUCUGCCACAAGAAACGAAAGGAUGUGAGUUGUCCAAUAAGGCAAGUACCUACUGGUAAAAAGCAGGUACCUUUGAAUCCAGACCUCAAUCAAAUGAAACCAGGCAACUUUCCUUCACUUGCAGUUUCCAGCAAUGAGUUUGAACCUAGUAACAGCCAUAUGGUGAAGUCUUACUCAUUGUUAUUCAGAGUAACACGUCCAGGAAGAAGAGAAUUUAAUGGGAUGAUAAAUGGUGAAACUAAUGAAAACAUUGAUGUUAAUGAGGAGCUUCCAGCUAGAAGAAAACGCAAUUCUUCCAACCGUGAAGAUGGAGAAAAGACCUUUGUAGCACAAAUGACUGUAUUUGAUAAAAACAGACGGCUGCAGCUUCUUGAUGGGGAAUAUGAAGUAGCCAUGCAAGAAAUGGAAGAGUGCCCAAUCAGCAAGAAAAGAGCAACAUGGGAGACGAUACUUGAUGGGAAGAGGCUGCCUCCAUUUGAAACAUUUUCUCAGGGACCCACGCUUCAGUUUACUCUUCGAUGGACAGGAGAGGCAAAUGACAAACCUACAACUCCUACUGCCAAGCCCCUUUCAACACGGAAUUCAGAAAGUCUCCCGCAAGAAAACAAGCCCAGUUCUGUUAAACCUACGCAGACUAUAGCUGUGAAAGAAUCUUUGCCAUCAGACCUACAAACAAGAAAAGAAAGAGAUGUUUCAAAUGAGCCUCGACAGAAGUUGAGAAUAUUUUAUCAGUUCCUUUAUAAUAACAACACAAGGCAGCAGACCGAAGCUAGAGAUGACUUGCAUUGUCCAUGGUGCACACUGAACUGCCGCAAGCUUUACAGCUUGCUUAAACAUCUCAAACUUUGUCACAGCCGGUUUAUUUUCAAUUAUGUGUAUCAUCCAAAAGGUGCUAGGAUAGAUGUUUCUAUCAAUGAGUGUUAUGAUGGCUCCUAUGCAGGAAAUCCUCAGGAUAUUCAUCGUCAACCUGGGUUUGCCUUCAGUCGUAAUGGACCAGUCAAGCGAACUCCAAUUACGCACAUCCUUGUAUGCAGGCCAAAGCGUACAAAAGCCAGCAUGUCAGAAUUUCUUGAAUCUGAAGAUGGAGAAGUGGAACAGCAAAGAACGUACAGCAGUGGACAUAAUCGGUUAUACUUUCACAGCGAUACCUGCCUACCUCUCCGUCCACAAGAAAUGGAAGUUGAUAGUGAAGAUGAAAAGGACCCUGAGUGGCUACGGGAGAAAACUAUAACGCAAAUUGAAGAGUUUUCUGAUGUUAAUGAAGGAGAAAAAGAAGUGAUGAAAUUAUGGAAUCUACAUGUUAUGAAGCACGGGUUUAUUGCCGACAAUCAAAUGAAUCAUGCCUGUAUGCUGUUCGUUGAAAAUUAUGGACACAAAAUAAUUAAGAAGAACUUGUGUCGAAACUUCAUGCUUCAUCUAGUCAGCAUGCAUGACUUUAAUCUUAUAAGCAUAAUGUCAAUAGACAAAGCUGUUACUAAGCUUCGAGAAAUGCAACAGAAGUUAGAAAAAGGAGAGUCUGUUGCUAUCACAGCAACUGAGGAGCUUUCUGAAGAACAAACUGUGACAACAAAUGGCUGCAGUGAAGCUAACACCAGGGAGAGAUCUUCAGAAAUGGAUAGUACAUCAUCAUGCCUGACAAAACAGAAUAGAAAACAGAAGAUCUGAAGAAAUGAGUAAAGGCCAUUCAGUGGACACAUAUUGAAGUGACAUUUUAAAAUGCAUGAACUCUCUAAGGAAUUUAAGAUACACAGGUUUCUAACAGGCACUGCUGGAAGCAAAGGAUUUCAACAAUGAUAGUGUUAAUAUGGUUCCUAUUGAGUUAAUUAUGCAAGUACUACAUGUAUAUCAGUUCUAGUGAUGUAAUGACAAUACUCAAAGUUUGAGCAUGAAGAGCAAUACAAUUUUUGGGAAUUUUAAUUAUGAACUGUACUGAAUUUACAUAACUUGAGUAUAUGUAAACCAGUUUUUAUAUAAAGUUUUUUGCAUCUGUAUUGGCUGUCUUUCCUACCAUGGAGUUAAAAAAUUAGGGAAGGGAAUUGGGACAGUUGAUGCUUUGUACUUAGAAAUUCUUUAGGUUAACUUUUUGUGGGAAAUAAUGCACCAUUUAAAGUUUAACUUGACCUUUUUUGUUUUUAUGAAUAAGUGUCAAACUACAGAUAGCAAAUUUUUAAACACAUUUUUAAACAUUCAACUGUAACAUAGCACUUCUUUGUCUCAUGUCUGUUUGGGGG